CGUGUCUGUAGGCUUACUGUUAUUAUGCGAUUAAACCGACAAUGGAACGGUAUCUAGUAACUGUUCUGAUACUGAGCACGAUUUUCUCGGGCUGUGUAUCUCAAUCAGAUUAUGAAUCGAUCCCAAUAGGCACGCGUACUUCUCGACGUAUCAUGAUUGUUGCAGCACACCAUGUUGGUGUCGAGCUCACCAGGGAAAUUUCUGCGUUUAAAAAGGUGGACGAGCCUCGGUACAUCGUGAAUUUUGAAGGUAGAACCGGUGGUGGAAGUGAGCGGACGUGCAAUGCCUAUGUACACGAACCUGCUAUUGGACAGGGAUACGUAACCAGGUGGCAUUGCAGGUGGUCUUAAACGUGGAUAAUUCUCUUCAGAAAUUAAAUUGUUUUAAUUCUGCAUUUUGACAGAUUUUCCUUAAUAAAAUUGUCCACAAAUUA